AUGUCAUUUUGUUGUCGAAAUCAAAAUCAGAUUCUAGGAGAAAAGCAUGAACAGAUAAGGGCUGACGAACCGCCAAAUCGAAUCACUGUGGUUGCUGAACAGUCUGAAACUCCGAACGUCAUUCUUCCACCAGCCCAAGUUGAAGAAACUUUACCAGUACCGCAAAGCCCACCACUGCCAGCCUUAGUGAAGGAUGCUAAGGUAGGCAGAAGGAUGGAGAAUGAAGCGGAAAACCCGUUUCGUCCAGAGGAACAAUUGUUCCAUGAGGUUGACCCAAUUGUGGAGGCCUAUAUGAAGAAGCCGUAUCCACCACGUUCAACGCAGACUUCACCCGGAGCUACACCGGUCAAAAGUGGCAAUCAAGCAUUUGUUAACGGCAUUUCUCCAACAUCAUUGUUACCUGAAAAAGAGCUGGAAAAACCGGUAACCUCAAGUACACCCCUUUCAACGCCAACCAAAAAUGAGCAGCAACAACAACAACAACAACAACAACAACAACAACAGCAGCAGCAACAGCAGUCAAUUGCAGCUGAUGAGCCGGAUUUACCAAAACCGAGUCAAGUUGAAUGUGUUCAUAUAAAAAAGAAGAAAUGUGGUUGCUGUAGUGUGCAGUAG